UAAACGUCGUAAUUAGCGGCCCAUUAUUUCUGUCUUUAUGAAUAUACGUGGCAUCGUUUCAAUAUGGUGGAUUCAAAAUGAAGACUUACACUGAAUCAGCGGACUGUGCCUAAGGGAAAAAAUAACCAGAGAGGGUUACCAAGGUAGUGACGACGCACAGGACGAGGAGACAGCGGAGGGAAUGAGUAAUAGUAACUAGUAGCAGAGUUAGGGAAAGAGACCUCUGAAACCCUUACUCAAACAAUAUGCCGUAGGCUACUGAUUUUGUGAAUUUAAGCCCAAGGAGGCUGAGAGAAGUGGCUGCGCACACAUAGGUAGCCUACACGUAGCUUUGCGGACUUUUAAUGGACUUAAAUCAUCUGCAGACUCGCUACUGACUUGUCGAUGAAGACCCUUUCAGAUUCUGGACAGGUGACAGGUACUAAUGGAGAAAUAUGAAAAGCUGGCCAAAAUUGGUGAGGGCUCCUAUGGUGUGGUGUUCAAAUGCAGACACAGAGAUACUGGCCAGAUAGUUGCCAUCAAGAAGUUUGUGGAAUCUGAAGAUGACCCGGUCAUUAAGAAGAUUGCAUUGCGAGAAAUACGUAUGCUGAAGCAGCUGAAACAUGUGAAUCUGGUCAACCUGCUGGAGGUCUUCAGGAGGAAAAGACGGCUCCACUUGGUGUUUGAGUUCUGUGAGCAGACGGUCCUCAAUGAGCUGGACAAACACCCUCGAGGGGUACCUGAGACUCAGCUGAAAAGUAUAGUGUGGCAGACUCUGCAGGCUGUUAACUUUUGCCACAAGCACAAUUGCAUCCACCGUGAUGUAAAGCCAGAGAACAUCCUCCUCACCAAAACCGGAGUCAUCAAGCUCUGUGACUUUGGCUUCGCCCGCAUUCUGACAGGACCAGAGGAUGACUACACAGACUACGUAGCGACCCGCUGGUACCGGGCCCCUGAGCUGCUGGUUGGGGAUACUCAGUACGGACCUCCUGUGGAUGUGUGGGCUCUGGGCUGUGUCUUCGCUGAGUUGCUCCAUGGCAAUCCACUCUGGCCCGGGAAGUCUGACGUUGACCAGCUAUACCUCAUCCGAAAAACUCUAGGUGACCUGAUCCCUCGCCACCAGCAGGUCUUCCGCUCUAACGUUUUCUUCAGUGGAGUCAGUAUUCCUGAACCUGACACGACGGAGCCCUUGGAAAAGCGCUUCCAUGGAGUGUCUCUUCAUGCCCUCCAGGUUAUGAAGUCAUGCCUGGUGAUGGACCCCUCUCUCCGGCUGUCCUGUGAAGAGCUGCUGGAGCUGCCUUACUUCCAGGAGGAAGGAGGAGCCAACUGGGGCCGUGAGGGUGAGCGCCCAGGAAGACGACAUGACAAAGGCUCCCGACGCAGACAGGCAGGGGCUCAGUACCUGCCUCAGUUACCAAACAGCAACAUCUCACCAGCACCAGAUGUCAAGAAACAGGUGAAGCAUAAAUAUCACCUGCCCAACAUUUAAUAAACUAACAAAUUGAUCUACAAGUUUGUGGCUGAACUGAGAAAGAUGGACUUGUGCUAUGCUUUGUGCAAUCAUUUGAAUACAGUCCAAUUUGAAGACGUGUUUGAAGCAAAUAUUUUUGGCGUGACAGUGAGAAAGUGUAUUUUAUUUUUAUCAUUACUUUCAUAUGUCAUGUUUGUUGACAUCAUCACUUAAUAUUCUUUACACAACAAACAAUAGUUGGGGCAUUUACAGUUGCAGGUUAGGCGACACACUUGCAGUACUAUUACCAAAUAAUACAGUAUGUGUCAGAGUUGAAGACACCUUGCACCAGAUGCAAUGGGUACUGUAUUAUCACAUCUCUAUAAAAUUAUAUUAAGCAGUGUGCCAUCCUCACUUGGACAAAAACACUAUAGUUUUCCUGUUUUUUGUUGCAGUCAAUGACAACAACUGAUCCCCAUGCAGGUUCAUACUGGCUACAAAAUAUGUACUACAUGUAAUACAGUACCAUAUAUAAUGCUGUAUACUUGCUGUAUAACUUCCUUACACAGUCUUAUUAAGGUUUAAUAAAGCCUGCCAUGACAGUAAUUUAAUGGGUUCUUAA